CAGUACCUGCCACUCACAUAUAAAUACAGGCUAGACACAGCUACCUGAACCCAGACACAUCUGAAGCCACUCUCAGUGAUUCAUCUACAAAUACAACACCACACAGAGCGAUAGAAUCAUGAAGGUGAUUGCAGUGCUGGUUUUGGCUGUAUUUACAGGUUGCAAUGCCAACAUAUUUUAUGCUGAUGAGCCCAAGCCACAGCUGGAGCAGUUAACAGAUACAUUCUGGGAUAUGUUGCCCAGGCAACACGCACUGGCGGAGGAGGCACCAUUCAGGACGAGCAUGAAUACUCAGCUGGGCCAGGAUGUGAAUGCCAGACUGACAGAGAGUGCCGAUGCAGCCAGCCAGUAUGCAGUCACCCUCCAGACCCAGAUGACCCCUCUGGCCCAAGAGCUCAUGACAAAGAUCACCAAGGAGGCUGAGGUGCUGAAGGAGCGUCUGGAGCAGGACCUGACUACCGUUAAGGGGAAACUGGAGCCCUACGCAGAGGACAUGAGAGCCCAGGUUCUGCAGAAGGUGGAGGAGCUCAAGGAUGCCGUGGCCCCGUAUGCUGGGUCUCUGGACUCCGAGUCCCUGAAGGCCACCCUGCUCCAGAAGAGUGAGGAGCUGAAGAGCAGUCUGGAGCAGAGUGUGCAGGAGCUGCAGUCCCAGCUGGGCCCCUACACCGAGGAGCUCAAGCAGAAGGUGGACCAGCACCUGCUGGACUUCCAGACGAGUGUGACCCCCUUGGUUGCUGACCUCCAGACCCAGCUGGCCCAGGGAGGCAAGUUGGUCCAGCAGAGGCUGGCCCCCUACGCUGAAGACCUGAGAGGCAAACUGGACCCCUAUGCCCAGGACCUGAAGACCCAGCUCACCUCCCUGUAUGAGUCCUUCACCAAAUCCAGCUAAAGGCACUGCCAUUUUCAAGCUUCAAUAAUUUAUCUGAAUAUGAUUUUUAAAGGACUUCUUGAUCCUAAACUGGACACUAUGAUUUGUGAUUCCACACAAUGUAUACUUCUCUUCUUCUUCCUGACCUGCAUGACAUUGCCAGCUAUACUGCCAAGACACCAGUUAGUGUGUUGGCAAACUUCUUUGUCACGUCUUUGAGGUAGUUAGCCUGCUAGAUAUGGAACAGAACUCAUUAUUGCUGCUUUAAGUUAAAUUUUUAGAUGUGCUAUUUAUUCCAAAAUAAAUAUGUUUACAUUCCC